ACUGGUCACUGCUCUGCUGCUGCUGGCUGCUCUCACUCUGCUCCCGGACGCUAGUAGCACCUCCUCUGGGAAGGAGGGAUGAACGAAAGGAGGAGUUUACAUAACACAGGGGUAAGAAGCAGCAGCAGAGGGGGUUGUUGUGGGUUCCCUAGGACCCUAAAAGAUCUUUUAUCCUAAAAAGAGAUCGCCCAUCCCCCUAGGUGGUAGGGCUGGGCUGGCCUUGCCUGUCACACCCUCUGCCCACCUCCAGGGUGAAGGUAACACAUCCCUGCUGCUGCAGAUUGCUGCUCUGAGACUCGGGAGGAUCAUGUAGGAAUUCCUCUGUUUCUUCUUUCUGUGCAACUCGCAGACCUCUGUGUGAGAGGCCAGAGGCACCGAGUGCCUCCCGGGAUGACAGCGUGCAGCUCGCUGGCUGCGGACGUGGUGCUGCUGGUGGGGUGAUCCCGGUGGCACAUGGAUGUUCCCUGCGUGUCGUGUUCAUUUCUGCAAACGGAAAUAGAUUUUUUUUUUCUUCGGCAGUGAAUUCCUGAGGUUGUGACUCCUUCCAUCACAGGGGAAGCGCCGUGUGACAUGUAUGUGUCUGGAGUUCCUGCGCAUCCGAGUCCGGCUGCCUCACAACUUCAUUCCCUUUGGAAAUGCUAAAGUUUGAUCCUUGAACUUUUUGGGUGACUGAUGGGCGCAUCUCGUCUCUUCUAAAGUGGUCUGGAAAUGUGCGAGGAAAUUCCCCACAGCGGCGAUAUCAGGAAUACGAGGGGCUUUUAGUGAAUCUCGCCAGUCUUUGCGCUGUGCACGGAGCCUGCGCGGCGCCCCCGGGCGGAUAACACUUGCGGACUUAAGGUGCUUUACAGACAUCAAAAACAAUGCACACAAUACAGAAGGAUAAGUAAUAGCGAUAGACAAGCUGCACAGACACAAAAAAAGAAAACCUAGAGCGCACGUGUUUCUCCUCAAUCUUUUUCAUCAUGGCAUUGAAAGCCCGGGCUCUGUACAACUUCCAGAGUGAAAACAAGGAAGAGAUAGAUAUCCUAGAGAAUGAGGAACUACGUCUUUUCAGUGAUGUUUCUCUAGAUGGAUGGCUUCAGGGCACAAACAGCCGUGGUCAGACAGGGCUCUUUCCAGCCUCCUAUGUGGAGAUCCUUCACCCACCCCGCUCCGGUUCAGUACAAGUUGACUGCCCGACACACCAUACAGGCUACACCGAAUCCACUCAUCAUGGAAGUUAUGAUGAUGAGGAAGAGGAUGAUGACGAUUGGGAUGACUGGGAUGAUGGACAGUCUGUGGCAGAAGAACCCAGUGGUUCAAAUGGGGUACCACACAAUCAGCCACAGCAUCACUAUUAUUCCAGAGCUGAAUAUGCCCACCGACCAAGGCCACAAUUAGAGCGUCAGGACAGUGUGGCCAGUGGGAAGCGGGGCAGUGUGGUGGGGAGGAAUUUGAAUAGAUUCUCCAGCUUUGUAAGGUCAGGUGUGGAAGCGUUCAUUCUUGGUGAUGUCCCCCAGUUAGGCAGAGUGCCUGAAAACCAUGCAAUUGAGAUGGGACCCAUGGGGCCACAAUGGAAACCAAAUCCUAACUCAUUCAGUUGCUCUGUAGAGGAACCCACUAAACAAACAAAGUUCAAAGGAAUUAAGAGUUACAUCUCCUACAGGCUGACUCCGGGCCACACAGUCUCUCCAGUUUACCGACGAUACAAGCACUUUGACUGGUUGUACAACCGCCUCCUACACAAAUUUACUGUCAUUUCUAUUCCCCACUUGCCAGAGAAGCAAGCCACAGGACGCUUUGAAGAGGACUUCAUCCAAAAGCGCAAGCGUCGGUUGGUCCUGUGGAUGGAUCAUAUGACCAGUCAUCCUGUUCUUUCACAGUAUGAUGGCUUUGAGCAUUUCUUGACCUGUCGAGAUGAAAAACAAUGGAAAGCAGGCAAAAGGCGUACAGAGAAAGAUGAGAUGGUGGGUGCGAGCUUUCUGCUGACUUUGCAAAUACCUUCUGAACAUCAGGACCUUCAGGAUGUGGAAGAGCGAGUGGAUGCCUUUAAAGCAUUUUCCAAAAAGAUGGAUGAGAAUGUCCUGCAGUUAAGUAGUGUGGUAUCUGAAUUGGCACGUAAACAUUUGGGAGGCUUUCGGAAGGAGUUUCAGAAGCUUGGAGGUGCUCUGCAAGGUCUAAGUCACUCCUUCCAGCUAGAUCCACCCUACGGAUCAGAGCCUUUGGUCGGAGCUCUCUCUCAUACUGGGCGCACCUAUGAAAUAGUAGGAGAGAUGUUUGCUGAGCAGCCUAAGAAUGACCAGUUUAGGUUUCUUGACACACUGUCCCUAUACCAAGGAUUGUUGUCCAACUUUCCAGACAUCAUUCACCUACAAAAAGGAGCAUUUGCAAAGGUGAAAGACAGCCAGCGCAUGAGUGAUGAAGGGAAGAUGGAGCAAGAUGAAGCAGAUGGAAUCCGGAAGAGAUGCCGUGUAGUGGGCUUUGCUUUACAAGCAGAAAUUAACCAUUUUCACCAGAGGAGGCUGCUGGACUUUAAGCAGGCAGUCCAGCAUUAUUUAAAGGAACAAAUUCUCUUUUAUCGGAGGGUGAGCCAGGAACUGGAGAAGACUCUAGUGAUGUAUGAAAACUUGUGACCUGGAUGUGCUUUAUCACUUUUGGUUGGGAAUUUUAUCUUUUUAAAUUGUAUGACUUGUCAAAUGCUGGUUUGGCAUUGCUCGGUGAACUUUUUCUGAUUAGUCUCCAUGUCUUCCUUUACUUCCAUAUAUGUAACAAGGUGCCUUUUACAAUGGAAGGGACAGAAUAGAAGGACUGAAAACAUGUUUGAGUUAUUGGAAGAGUUUACAGAUGGAGAUCUUGUUAUGGAGAGAAAAUGUUUAAGAUUAUGGUGAUUGUUAAUUGGUGUUGAUAUUGGUAAAUGUAUAUGGUUUACAAAGUGCUGCUGCGUUACAAGAGCAAAAAUAAAGGGGAGCUUUAUUAUACAGUAUAAUGCUAGGAAGUGGAGAAUUGACAGGGAGGCUGUGGCUCACAGACCAACUGCUUGGAUGCUAGAAUGAUGCGUGUCUGUCACCUACACACAGUGGAGGAAACCCACAGUCCUGAGAGCAUGGCCUUACAUUCACUAAGAUACAGUCACAUUCUCAGUGCCUCUGAUCCACAAAUAUUGGUUCAGCCCAUUAAAUGGCUGCCUACACUGUGUAGGUUACACUUGCACUUUAUAUUCCAUUGUAAACUAAAUUACAUUUUGAAUGUGAUAAUAUUUGUUAUGUAGUUAUCAAGGUUUUGGUUUGCAUCACUGUCUUUUAGUGUGUUUUAAUUUGUAUAGAAGAGACCAAGGAUUAUGUUUUUUUUUUUUUGUUUGUUUUUUUACUACAGCAAAAAACUCAGUUUUUUGUGCAUAAUACUCCAAUACCAGGAUGUAAUGAAAUCACUUGCGGUUUGCAGGCAUCGGCAAGAUCACAGCAAGUCUGGCUGAUAUUUUAAUGUGGAAUUCAUUUAAAACACAAAGCCAACCUGGUUUUAACUUUAAAAUAAUUAUCACUGUAAGACAUCAGCCAGGCUCUCUGAGAUCUCGCUGAUGCCUGCAAGUCGCCGGUUAUUACAUUUACCCCCACAUCUCAUCUUCAUCGACCAAAGUGUUUUGGUCUGCUAAAGUUACUAAAAAGCCGACGCCUGGGUCUAUCCCACAUUCCAGUAACCAGUCUCGUUAUUGCAGGCUUCGGUAAGCAGUGACCCCAGAAGUAAAGGGUGUGCCUGCGUAUGUCGUGAGCAGGGUGGAAACUGACUCUGUGUUUGUAUAGAUUUGUUCGCAUACACGCACUCUGUGUGCCCUAGAGGGAGUUAUGUCACUCAUUAGGAAUGUAAUCCAUUCAGAGCAAGGCAGUGGCAAGUUCUUCCACACAACAUUACACACAGCACCAAACAAUUCUGUAAGGGUAAAUUUGUCACACACCACUUGUGUAGAGCGAGAGGAAGAGGAGAUCAGAACAUGAGUGCAAGCUUAAGGUACCAGGUUAGUAUACUGUGAGCUCAAGUCUUGCACAGUCUGCCUACAGUAUGUCAUACUUGUAUUUAUUUCUAUGUUACUAUUACAUGCAGAAGCAGGAGCUGGAUGAGUAUAGGAUAUUGUGCAGAACAAGAGCUUGCUGAAUUUGUACGGAAUACAGGAGGAGGAGCAGAAGCGUGUUUGCAUAAAUGUGGUGUUUCUGCUUUUGGAGAAAUAUUUUUAUUCCUAUUGUAAGUGUCACAUGCUAGUAUACUGCUUCACCUCUUGAAUUUUUGUAAUGUCAAAUUUUAAAAGAAAAAAACAACAAAAUUUUAUUGAUCAAUAACACACAAUAAAACAGACCAUUGUUUUAUAUACUG